AUGCCUCGCUCCUUCCUGGUGGACUCGCUGGUGCUGCGGGAGGCGGGCGAGAAGAAAGGGGAGGGCAGCCCGCCGCCGCCGCUCUUCCCUUACGCCGUGCACCCCUCGCACCCGCUGCCCGGGCUGCCGGCCGGCGCCUGCCACGCUCGCAAAGCCGGGCUGCUCUGCGUCUGCCCGCUCUGUGUCACCGCCUCCCAGCUGCACCCGCCGCCGCCCGCCAUCCCCCUCAUCAAGGCUUCCUUUCCCCCGUUCGGCUCCCAGUACUGCCACUCGCCCCUCGCCCGCCAGCAGCACUCGGUCAGCGUGGGGCACGCACCGGCGCUCUACCAGGGCGCCUACCCGCUGCCCGACCCCCGGCAGUUCCACUGCAUCUCCGUGGACAGCACGUCCAGCCAGUUGCCCAGCAGCAAGCGGAUGCGCACCGCCUUCACCAGCACGCAGCUCCUGGAGCUGGAGAGGGAGUUCGCCUCCAACAUGUACCUCUCCCGGCUGCGGCGAAUCGAGAUCGCCACCUACCUGAACCUCUCCGAGAAGCAGGUGAAGAUCUGGUUCCAGAACCGACGGGUCAAGCACAAGAAAGAAGGCAAAACGAGCUCCCAUCGAGGCGGGGGGGGCGGCCACAGCUGCAAAUGCUCGUCCCUUUCCACCACCAAGUGCUCGGAAGACGACGAGGACUUGCGCAUGUCUCCAUCCUCUUCGGGGAAGGACGACAGAGGUCUCGCAGUCACCCCCUAGCCCGCCGGGGCUCCCCAGGAACUGUGGCGAGACCAGGACGGGGAGUCCUGCCUGCUCCAGUGCGGACACGCAGCUGAAGGAUUUUAUACUGUUUUGUAUAAUCUGUAUAAUUUACGAAGGACUUUCUCUUCCUAGACCCCCGGCCCGUGGGUCCGUGCACCCUGUUGUAAAUA